UGUUAGGCACGUGCGCAUGCUCGCAGGUUGUUCUAGAAAAUAAUUUCAGAAUAUUAGCUACCGGAAUUUUGCCAAACUAAAAGAAGCGACUGCAAAAAUGUCGCAGAAUUUGAAGGUCGGCGACCCAGUGCCCAUCUAUCGCCUAAAAAAACAAACAUCAAACCUUAAACAGCGACAGCUUUGUGACAUUUCCAAAGUGCCGCUUUUUUCCCAGCUUCAGAAUGUGAAAAUUUCAGCACGGAGCUACCACGUUGGGGAGGAUUCGACAAUGAAUGGCAGCUUCGAAGAAACCAACAAGGAGAACUGCCACGCCAGUUGGCUGCAGAAAUGUCCGCAGAAGCCGGCGCAUGAAAGUGUCCACAAGUCUAGCUUCAUUGGAGGACACCAGGAACCCAAGGAGAAGAGCUCGACAAAUUUGAACCAGGGUCGAGAGACGGUUGUAGGCUCUCAAUAUUCCUGGCUGAAACACGACGCAAAUCAACAACAGUGGCGUUAUAAUUUUAAUUGCACCAUGACUUACACCAAGGAGCCUGUCCUCCCGGAAAACCCACUGGGGUCGAUACCCACGACUUGUCAGCAUCCGAAAGAUGGUGACGAUAGCCUCAACCAAUUAGAACCUCUUGACCUUUCGUGUGGUAAAAGGAAUUCAGCCCGGGACCAAUGCGGCAUCGACGGGACCAACACGCAUGAGAAGGAGACUCCUAACCGUGCAAUAUUCUUAGAUCAUCAAUACGCCCUUCCAGCCACACAGGAACCAAUGGAGGAACUUCCGGCCAUAGUCCGUUCUCCGUCUCAAGAACGUUUGCUGGCAAUUGAGGCUAUUUGCGCGCAGCUGAUGAGCAACGAUGUCACGACUGCUGUGGGAGUUAUAUGCGACGGCGUCACCUUCGAAGAUGUCUUCCAAGUCCUGGGCAUUAAGACGGAGCCGCCAGAGGACCCCGAGUCCUCUCCAGAAGAUGUCUUCAAAGUCGUGGGCAUUAAGACGGAGCCGCCAGAGGACCCUGAGCCUUCUCCAGAAUUCGACAUGCUGGACAAUGAGAAAGCUACUCAGCAGCCUCCAGAAAACACGGCCUUUCAGAAUACACCGCCUAGUGUUGGCGGACAGAAUAAUGAAAACCAUGACAUUCAGGAUCAGCUACACGCCACUUUUCCCCCUGCGGGAUACAUAUUCAGCAGUGAAGAAAUGGCAACCAUUAUGAAUGAUAUAGACCCGACCGAUGAAAUGGAUGACCGUAUCUUCGACUAUCUGAAUCAGAAGUGGGGGCCGCCAACGGAGCAGCAAGGCAAUGAUUUGACGUCCUUAGGAAUCGAUAAUAAAUAUGCGGUGUCCUUGCAUGAGGCAUGUCCCUUGCCAACGUUCAAGAAGAUAGUCAAGAAUGUUAUCAAGGAUGAGGUCAAGCAAAUAAUCGAGACCAAGAAGGUGGUCGACGAGGUGGUCAAGAAGAAUAUCAAGAGGGAGAUCGACGAGGUGGUCAAGGAGAAGACCAAGAAGGAGAUCCAGGAGGAGAUCGAGGCGGAGAUCCAGAAAAUGGACGAGGAAAUGAGCGAGGAAGAGGAAUCUUAUGAUGGGUCUGAAGAAAUUGAAACCGACGACGACUACAUUUCAGUCUAAAAUAAUCAAAAAUACUAAUAAUUAUAUUUGAUGCCUCAAGAAUCUAUGACUAGGGUAACCAAACGAAUGGUACAAUUGACGGACCUACAGUGAAACCUUGUAAACAAGUCCCUUUUGAUAUCAUUGUAUAUUUUCAUUUUUUUGUAUUUCAAAGCACUUGAAUAAAUAUGAGAACUUUUUCCUACACAAACGAUUUUUUAAGUAUUAAUGGAAACAUGUAUCGUAUUUAGAUGCGCAAUGCGU